AUGAUUUGUGAAAAUCACACCAGAGUCACAGAAUUUAUCCUUCUUGGUUUCACAAACAACCCUGAAAUGCAAGUUUCCCUCUUUAUUUUGUUCCCGACCAUCUAUACAGUGACUUUGUUGGGCAACUUUCUUAUUGUCACAGUUACCAACGUGGAUCCCGCUCUUCAAACACCCAUGUAUUUUUUUCUCAGAAAUCUAUCACUUCUUGAAGUCUGUUUCAUGUUGGUCAUGGUGCCAAAGAUGUUGGUAGACCUAGUGUCCCCAAGGAAAAUCGUCUCUUUUGUAGGCUGUGGUACUCAGAUGUACUUCUUUUUCUUCUUUGGCAGCUCUGAAUGUUUCCUUAUCUCUAUCAUGGCUUAUGAUUGCUUUGUAGUCAUCUGUAACCCUCUCUGUUAUUCAGUUGUAAUGAACAGGUCCCUAUGCUUGUGGAUGACCGUAGGCUCUUGGAUGUCUGGUGUUCCUGUGUCUAUGCUACAGACAGCUUGGAUGAUGGUCCUUCCUUUCUGUGGACCAAACAUCAUAGGCCAUUUUUUCUGUGAUGGUCCUCCAGUAUUGAAACUAGUCACUGAGGAUACAACCAUGUAUGAAAUGCAAGCACUUGCCUCCACACUCCUAUUUAUCAUGUUUCCUUUUCCCCUCAUUUUGGUCUCCUAUACACGCAUCAUCACAACCAUUCUGAGGAUGUCCUCUGCUACGGGUCACCAGAAGGCAUUCUCUACCUACUCGUCACAUCUCAUUGUGGUAUCCCUCUUCUAUGGAACAGCCAGCUUGACCUACCUACAUCCCAAAUCAAACCAGUCCCCUGAAAGCAAGAAGCUGGUAUCAUUGUCCUACACCAUCAUCACACCUAUGUUAAACCCCAUUAUCUACAGCCUAAGAAACAAUGAAAUGAAAGGAGAACAAUCUCCCGAAAAGUCUUGCCGAAGUUAG